AUGACAGAUCGGGUGGCUUUCCACUGCCCUAGCUGUGAGAUGAGGUUCCGUUCUAGGCAGCUGCUACAGAAGCACAUGGAAAAAUUCUGUAUCGGAGGAGAAACUGCAGACAAUGCCAGAGACCAGAAGAGACAAGCACUGAGACGAGUGAAAGAGCAAAAGCAAAUGGAGACACCAGAAAGCACGAAUCAUCAGCUACAAGAGCCAAAAGCCAAGAUGCACCACUUAAGGAACUGGGAAAAUGGAGCACAUGAGCAACAAACACACCACCUCAGAAGUUUUGACAGUGUAGGAAAUGCUUCUGACAGUCAGGCGUUGAAGAAAUUGACCGAAGAGUUCCACAAACUGAGGAUGUCCCUGGAGGAUACACUCCCUACAUUCAAGACUUCCCAGGCAGAGGAUGAGAACAGACACCAAAUGCUCCAUCAGCAAGAAUUCUGGCAGCGCCAGCAGCAAAUGGCAGAAGCACAUGAACAUCAGUUGGCUGAUAUCCAGGCCAGGAACCAGUAUCUGGAACAGCAGAGGGAUGAGAUCCGUGAGCGCUUGUCAGAGAUGAAGUUAGGGAAUUCAGUUACAUCUCACAUUGAGCAGCUGCUGAUGGAGCUGAAAAACCAGGAGGGGAAGAACCUGCUUGCUUUGGAUGCCUUGCGGGAACAGGUUGGACUUUUGCAGGCAGCAACAGAGAGCAAAGGCAAACCAGGACCCCCCACCAAUAUAAAGACAAGCAGUGCUGCAGACAAAAUGGGAAAGAAAGUCUCCCUCAGACUUUUGCCAUUCCCUGCAGCCGUUGGACCUCUCUCUUCAGAGAUACAGGCUCUGUAUCUGGCUUAUGUGCAGAGUGGAAACAAUGAUCACAACAUCCUCAACCAGAUGUAUGAGCUGCAGGUGGAGGCCAUAGCACUGGAGAAAGCUGGAGCAAAGCCUGAGCACAAAGGCAGAAAGAAGAAACAUGAAAGUAGACCAAACACCUACCCACGGGGUUUGGAUGCUGAACUUCUGGCUGUUGAGCUGGAGAAUCAGCAGUUGGAAGAUGAAAUAUUCAAGCUGAAGAUCCUAAGGGACAGAAGGAGAAUGGAAGAUGGAUGUUUGGACAAGGAGAUGGCUGAGGUUCAGCAAGUUCAUAUGGCAGAAAUGGCUCAGAUGCAUGCUGAGAUAGGCAAGCUGAGAUACGACACUGAGAGGAUGAUGCCACAGUGGCCCAAGAGAGGGUCCCCACCACUCCUCCCCCCUCCUCUAGCUCCCCCCUUGCCACUUCCCCUUGCUCAGCGUUUUCCAGGGCUUCCUGAGCCCACAUACCCAAUUGGCAACAAAAAACCUGUGGGAUCAUCAGCGACAGUUAUGAGCCAGUACUUCCUGAAUCCCACUGAUGCCCUGGGACCAGCUCCGUAUGAUCCAGCGUCUGGUUUUGUGGUAUUCUAUGACUUCCUUUUGGGUCUGGAUUCCACAUUCUACCAGGUUGGCCUGGUUUCUGGCCUGUACCGUAAUGGGCAAGAGUUGGGCAAGUCCACCCCGCUGCCUGUUGUCUUGUCUGAUAUGGGGCAGUCCGUAGAGCAUGUGAUGGGUGGACAGAGAGGGAGCUGUGCCAUCUUAGCAGCCAGGCAACCAGUCCCAAGAGUCCUCCCUUCAACUUCCAUUGCCCUUGUAACUGAACUUCAAGCGUCUGGAGGCUUUGAUGCUUAUGGGCAGGAGAUCCAGCAUUUGGCCUCCAGGGGCUGGGCCAAAAUCCACCUCUUUGACCACCUGCAUCAAGUGUUGAGUGGCCACUGGAAGGUUCCCAUCCGAGUGCUUCCUGUGAAGCCAAGCCUAACUGCAGAACAGUUGAACGGUGUGCCACAGGCUGGCAAGGCAGAGCUUUACUUGCGACUGGUUAAUGCGAGAGAUGCUGACAUGCAGUCAUUGGCUGAGAUCCAUCCUGGCAAUGCCCCUCUAUACAAAUACCCUCCCACAAUGCAGGUAACCACUGGCACAACCCAUCCUCCAGGCUUCCCUUCAGCCCCACGCACUUUCCACCCUGCCCCCGCCAGCCUGUCUUUUUCUGUCCCCCCUUACACUGGCUUUGUUGACCCCCCUCCCGCUCAGGAGCAACCUUUCCGAUACAAAACUAAGCAAAGGUGA